CAGUGGUUUAUUUUCGUCAUUUCGUUUGUGCAGUGUAUUCAUCACUCUAUUAGCCUUGCUAAAUUCUUUGUAUCCUUGAACUAUUUUAGUUUUUGUUUAUUCGAGAUUUUUGAUUCUCGUACCUAUGUGUUCAAUACAUUUAAUAUUUGUUAUAAAUACCAUUCAGUAUACAAAAGAAAACUAUAAUCUUUUGAAAGUCUUAUGAUUCUGGGCCAAAGUCAAUAACUUGUAGACAGCGUAAGUGGCCUCUGCGAAGAAUAAUUAGGCGUAGAAACCAAACGCAAGUAUUGGAGGUUAAGACGAAAUAAUGACACAGUAUAGACGGGAUAUAACGUAUAGCGCUCUGAACAACGAAUUAACUCCGCCGCUGGGAAGAUCUGUGCAAGAUGCCAAUGCAGCUCCAACUAUGAUCACUUUGGACCACGAACAUGAUGAUACCACCAAUGUUAUCAUUCACAAAGUACCAAAAACUAAAGGUGGAUGGACACAUAUUGAAGACCUUGAUUCAUUCUUCACAAGAAUGUACAAAUAUUAUGUUCGUGGUGGAUUCUAUCCUAUGAUUAUGUCCGAUCUAUUUUAUCUAUUACAAUUUAUAUUUAUUGUAUGGUUCUCGACUUUUUUAAUCCACUGUGUUGACUAUCCAAGGUUGUUCAGAAAUGAUGCAAAUGCAAAUCGAAGUGAGAAAUUAUCCAUUAGUGAUGUAGUUUACCCUACAUCAGAAUGUGUGAAUAGAAUAUCAUGGAAAUGGUGGUGUGUGAUCACAUUAUGUACAAUUAUUUGGUUUAUGCGAUUGUUUUUAUCAAUAUACCAUUUAUAUCACGCAUAUGAUACGAAAUUAUUUUAUAGUAGCGCUUUAAAAUUAAAUGAGAAUGAUUUAGCAUGGAUAAAUUGGUCAACAGUUCAAGAUAGAGUAAGGGAAGCACAACCUGAACAUCACAUGUGUGUUCAUAAACAAGAAAUCAACGAAUUAGAUAUAUAUCAUAGAAUACUCAGGUUUGAUAAUUAUAUGGUUGCAAUGGUUAACAAGAAUCUACUACCUCUGCAAAUUCAUGUGCCUUUUUGUGGUGAUUUUCAUUACUUGUCCAGAGGUUUGAAAUGGAAUUUGGAAUUUCUGCUGUUCUCCAGUCCAUGGAGCCCUUGGGAGAACUGCUGGCAACUUCGUGAAUGUUAUAAAGAUCAUUCCAAGAGAAUGAUGCUUGCAAGACAACUAAAUAGACAGAUAUUGCUUCUGGCGUUUGUUAAUUUCUUACUAGCACCACUAAUUCAGGGCUGGCAGAUACUUUACUUCUUCUUUAAUUAUGCGGAGUUGAUAAAGCGUUCACCGGCUUCGCUGGGUUUGCGCACGUGGUCAUUGUACGCUCGCGUCACUUUGCGCCAUUUCAACGAGUUGGAACACGAAUUACGCGACAGACUCAAUAGAGCUCAUAAACCAGCGACAAAAUACCUCGCGAGUUUCUCCUCUCCUACCACUACUGUUAUUGCCAAAAACAUCGUGUUUCUGUCGGCGAGUGUCCUCGGCGUGUUGGUCGUGCUCUCGGUGUACGAUGAAGACGUCCUCACUGUUGAACACGUACUUACUAUCAUCACCAUAUUGGGAUGCGUUUUGGCUGGAGCUAGAGCUCUGAUAGGUGAAGAGGAGCGUUUAGGAGGUGGAUGUACUGGUCCUGCUCGUGGUGAGGAGUUGUUCGUCCAGGUGUUGGGACAUGUGCACUAUUUACCUGCAGCAUGGCGCGGCCGAGCUCAUACUAAAGAUGUAGCAGCACAUUUCCAACAACUCUUUCAAUUCCGAGCUGUGUAUAUUUUGUUCGAGCUACUAAGUCCUCUCCUGUCGCCGUUGGUGUUACUCUCGCUAAGAUCGCGUGCCCUUGAUAUUGUUGACUUCUAUCGAAAUUUUACAAUCAGUGUGCUGGGAAUUGGUGAUGUGUGCUCCUUUGCUCAGCUUGACAUCAGACGCCACGGUCAUCCGGAUUGGCAGGCAGCGGGAAAAUACGGUGAAAAGAUAACAACUGGCAAUGCUCAAUAUAACCAGGGUGAGGGUGGUAAGACCGAAUUGUCUCUGGUCGCAUUCUCUUGCCGUCACCCCGGCUGGCAACCCGCCGAGCCAGCGCAGCGACAGUUCCUACGAUCUCUACGUCAGAGUAUGCAUCAUGCUAUACCAACUAAUAAUGCUUUGAACAAAACAAUGCUUGGCUCCUACAUCCAACAGAGUGUUUUCGGCACAAACACGCCGUUGCCCGCCGUUCUAUCUUAUUACCAGCAACAAAAACCAGCCUAUAGGUUACCUGAUAUGGAUGAAACUAGUGAUGAAGACGAGUGUACAUCAACUUCUGUGUCAAGGAAUGUGGGUUCCGGUGUAUCCGGUAUGGGUAACCCUGACUCCGGGGUCUCUAUCCCGGGACCUCUGAGCCGGUAUGACCCCAACGUACUAUUAGAAUCCCCGGACGAGGCAAGGGAUAUGUCAGUUAGCACGCUCCAUUUAUACGACUUGCAUCUAUCACAGGCCGGCCAAAGUGUAUCAGCGUGUUGUACGAAGAACUGCAGCGAACGCAAUCGCAGCGAAUCCCGUUGGGCGUCCGGGGAAGAAACUCCACUUCUACAUCGUCCUUAACAACCCAAAGCCGACCCAAAAACCCAGCCCGUAUGGAUAUAAACAUGUAAAACCUUAUUGUAUCUACAACGUCAAUUAAUCUACCAACUAUACAUCAUGUUUUACAAAACUGUCGUAGUUGUUUUUUUAUCGUAUCAUAAAUGACCAAUGUCUUCCUUUAAACCCCUCUAAACUCAUUUUUGAUUUUUAAGCCAAUUUUUAAUUGAUAUUUUAAUCUGAAAUCAAUCAAAUAGAUGUUAUUUUUAAUAGUUAUUGUCUAAAAUUAUGAUGCACUUAUUCUUUUUCGCACACACUUUUUAGAUGUUUUUACUUUUGUGUUUGGGAAAAAACUUAGGUUUACCAUAUGUAAAAUACAGAAUAUUUUAAUUGAUGUCCGUAUACAAAUUUAGUAACGUUCAACUGGAUGUUUGUAAUCAAAGAUUUGAAUACAUAAAUGUUAUGUUAUUUAUACUAAGGACAAAGAAUACCGAAAUGUAUGGAAUAUCCAUACUGUAAUUAAUUAAUUGUAUAUAUUUUCGACAAGUUCCUUUCUUUCAUCUCCAAAUUACAGUAAUGGAAGUUUUUCAAAUCUACAUAAAGUGGUUAUUAUCAUGAUAAAAUUUUCCUAUUUGAUUUUAUCCUUUGUGAUAUUUUUAACUGAUUGUAAGUUUAUAUUAAUAACCCAUUUUAAUUUAGUUAUUAGUUCAUCUGUGAUUUAAUUUUACGUUUUUUAAUAACAUAUGAAUCGUUAUUAUUUACCCUGAAUUAUUUGUACAUACCCAUUACUAAAGCCAAUAGCCCAUUUUUUAAAAUUUAUAAUUAUCUUUUAAAAUUAAAAGAUGAAUGUACAUUUAUAAUACAUUAUGUAUUUAAAUCUUUGAUUCAGAUCGUAGGAGGUAAUUAUUGAACACGAUCUGGAAAGAGAUAGAUAGUUGUAGAGCGCUAUCUCUGUCGCAAAGUUCUAUCACAUUCAUUACGGAAGUGUGCGACAGAGACAACAUUAUAACUGCGAUGUCUGUCUAAAUUUGAUAUGUUCAACGUUUGUUGUCGAUUAACGAAGAAUUCCACUGCUGUGACACUUGUAUUAUUGUAGUUUCUGCUUUAUCAGUAAGAAUGUAUGUGUUAAUAAUAUAAACGGCAGUGAAAUUCUAUCUUUUAUAGUAUUAAAGCAUAUUUGACAAUAUAAGUGAUGUUGCGACUUCGUUUUUUGAUGUUAGUGUAAGAUUGAUUGGUGUUAUUACUAUAAGGUCUUUCGUAUUUAUACGUGAUGUGAAUUCAGGUUUAGGCUAAUUUUAAGGGUCGGCUGUGUCUUGGAUCUAGUAAAAUUUAGUUUUUUUAUUACGUUCAAAGAAAAACAAAUGGUGAUGGAAUGAUUACUUGGAAAAUUCAUAGCCAGGACAGUGAGAAAAAUAGAUGUUGUUCGAAAGAAAUUGCAACAGCUUUAGUACAAGUAAAUUUUUAACUAAAAUUUAUUUGUCGAAUAACUUGUAUGAAACAUGUAAAAGAUUUGUUUAUACAUGUAUUUUGGUAGUGAGGUAAAGGGCAAAGACGGUGCUUAAUAUUUUAAGGAUUACGUGUGCAAGCCAGUAAUGUUAUAUAUGUUAUAAAUAAAAAUAUACUAUAUAUAUACAAAAAUCUUUUUUACAAAUAGAUACAUCGCUUGAUUGUUCCCAAAUUCGUAACUUUAUAUAUGUAUCGGGAUAUGUAUCGUAACAUCGGAAAUACAGUUUUUCAAGCCUUUUUAAAAUUAUUUGUACUAAUGUUGUCAAUUUAUUAAGAAAACAAAAUCACCGUAAUUGGUAUUUCUAUGUAUAUUUACUUUCAAACGCACAUAAUAAGCGUCGAAUUAUAAAGGCAGAAGGAUACAAAAUAAAUUACAACUCGUCUAUAAUUUAAUAGCUUUCAUAAUUAAAUCGUGUAUUGCAAAAUAUGUUUAUUGAAUGUCGAAUUACACUUUAAAUGUUACUUUGGCAUAAGAUUUACAUAUAAAAUAGUCUUCAAAUUAGAAGAAUCAUUUAUGCGAUGUUUUAAGUUAUGCUGAAAUACUAGUUAUCUAAAACGGUCCAAGUUUUUUGAAUAAUCACAAAAAUGAUAUAGUACACUUAUAAUUUGUGUCAAAAAACUGUCAAGUAAUGUUUAAACUAUAUGUCAGUAAAUGUUGACAUAUUAUUUCAUGUCUAUUGCAAUCGAUUUUCCCUUUAGGUAAAAAACCACACAUUGUCAUCUUUAUCGUUUAGUUAAAGAAAAUACAGACAAUUUUUCUGUACAGGUAUAUUGACACUAAAUAGAUAAUAAUAUGGAUGGGAAAAAAUAAUUGUUCAAUUAAUUUUAUUGCGAUUUUAAAUUAAUAAGUAAAGUGUAAUUAAAUUUUUAACAAGCUCGUAUUUUACAAACGCAUUACCAUUUCGGCAAUUCAAUAAUAUAAAUAUUUAUAUAUUUUUUUUAUUCUUAGAUACAGUAAUUAUUUGAUGCUAUAAAACACGAUGAAAACAUGUUUUCUGAUGUGGAAUUUAUUAAUUUUAGUCCUAUCAGUGUUUGAUAUAAAUACAUACGAUUAUGCUUUGUCGAUGUGACGAAACAAGAUAUUCUUGUUCAACUUGAUCUUUUAAAGAAUUAGGUCACAGUUCAUCAUGUUUUAGAUUUUUACAUAAAAAUAUAAAAACGUAAGGUCUUCGUAGGAUCAUUUCUAUAGUGAGAUCUUCACGAAACAUAACAAAUGUGACGCAAAAAAAAUUAACAAUAUCAGAUACAUUUAAACUUAUUGUUUACUUUUAUCGUGAAUAAUAAAAAAAAAACAUAAAAAAUAGCUACUGCCGAUAGAAAUAUCAAUAAAGAAGGUUAGUUAUCUGUGUGCCUCGAUUACCUUUUAAUACUGGAAUUAAACGGUUUGUUAAUGUUAAAAAUCCAUAUAAACAAUAAUUUUAGCAGUUACGCGUACCAUGUACAUAUACCAUGUUGACAAUAUUUUUUAAAACUUUUCAUGUAACAAAUUAAGAUAUUUAUAUAAGGUUUUAAUUUUAGAAAUCAUUUAAACAGGUUAUAGUUAAAUUUAUAAGGCAUGACGCUAUUUUUUCUAGCGCUUUCGUGUAAAGUUGGCUAAGCAAGUACGAUAAUCAUUGUACAAUAUAUUCGGCUGAAAUACAAAAGAAAUCGAAGAAAUCACGUAUUAAAAUUGAAAUGUAAAUUUUCAACAAGUAAAUCAGAUCAGUAACAGAGCAAUAAAUUUACAUUAUGUUGUACAAUACAUAAUGCAUAAUAUAAAUUUGUAGCACUUUAUAAUAGUGAUAAAAGGUUGUAGAAAUGUCGAAUAAACUCGUAAUUUGGCAAAGAUUAGUAAAUAACACUGUUAUUGAUAUUAAAUACCACUAAAAUCCAAAUUCAUUACAAAUUUUGACGUCGAAGCGAAGUGUUUAACAUUUGUCUAAAAUUUGGCCAAAACUGCACUAAAACAUAUACACGCAGUUAAAAUAAUGUAUAAAUUUUUACAGUUGUCAUUUGAACAUUUUUAAAAAUAUAGUGUUAAGGAUUUUACAUUUGGCGUACAUUGCAAGCAUAUUGCAAAUCAUAUAGAAUUUAUUUUAUAUACAUGUUUAUGUGCGUAUGGCGUGGUUUGAACUAGAUCUUGGUAAAAUUGUAUGAAGUUAUGUAAUAUAAGGGGAUGACAUUAUUUUCUUAACUGUGACACCAGAGUGUACGAAGUAAACACUUAUUUAUGUGAAUAUUAAAACAGUCGGUUACACAAGAGUCGAGUAAUUAGCCACAAGUGACUAAGGUAAUCCAAAUUUUAAACUAUUCAAAAUAAUUUCACAUAAUCAAUCCCAGUCCAAUAUUCUUAAAUACCCAAAACUAGCGACGCUACUUUGUUGCACUAAUCUUGUAUUUUAUCUAAAAUUGUAGUUGACAUUUGCAGGAUAAAAUUUAUUGUAACAUCAUAUGUGGUUAAUGAAGUUAGUCUUCCAUAAAUUCAAUAAACGACGAGCGACUUUUCCAUUAUACUAAACGUUUUUUACAAAAUUAAAGAAUUCAAAGUAUUAAGAAAAAUAAAUUAUCAUUAAUGUCGCAAACAUAGAGUAUGAUUGUUAUAGAAUAAUGCCUUAGAAAAACUAGUUCAAACCAAUGCCGUAAUUCAGUGCCUAUGCAAAAACCAUUGAUAAAACACGUUAAGGACUAAGCUGCUAGAUAUUUUAUGAUACAAACAAAAUAAUUAAUUCAAUGUGAUGUCCACUGCGGUAUGUGAUCAUAAACAUAAUUAGAGAAAAACAAAAAGGCAUCAAGACGAA